AUGGCGGGCCGCGAGGGAUAUCAGGGCUUGCUGCACGUCAAAGGAGGCGGGACGGCCAGAGAAGCCUCCAACGCGGCGGCCGCACCGUUGAUGUCAUGCAACCGUGACGUCUUGGGCCUGCUGUGGCUGGUGCCGGUGGAGGCCUGCGUCGCUCAAGGAGUUUGGGCCAGCAGAAGGGGCCCGGAACGGGCAUCGUCGUGGGCGCAUCGCAAUCAGGGGUCGUCUCAGGAGGCCGACUUCAGCAUCGCGCGCCGUGGCCGCCUCCUGGAUCCCGCAGCUGGGAGCCCGCUGGGAGCCCGCCGGGAGCAUCGUGGCCGCAACUUGUUUCGCACUGGGCUAAAAUGGGGCCUCCCCCCCGGCGCCCAACUGCUCGCCACCGCUUCCCCAGCUCGAAAGAGGAUGUCGACGCCGCUGGCUGCAUCGCGACAGCAUGGCGGCCCCAGCGCAGAAGCCUUCUAG